GAGGGGGACGAGCGGAGAGAAAAAUUCCUGCCCUGGAUGCCCGGCAAGAUGGCGGCUUGUGGUCGGAGGCGCGGAGUGGCGGGGAUGAGGGAAAGGGUGCCACUAAACACUACAGACUGCUACAUUGUCCGGGAGAUUUACAACGGAGAGAAUGCACAGGAGCAGUUUGAGUACGAGCUGGAGCAGGCCCUGGAGACCCAGUACAAGUAUAUCAUCAUCGAGCCGACCCGCAUUGGAGACGAGACCGCGCGCUGGAUCACAGUGGGGAAUUGCUUGCACAAAACGUCCGUCAUCGCCGGCUCUGUCUGCCUGUUAACCCCAAUAGCACUGGGUUCAGAAUACACCCGCUACGUGGCCCUGCCCAUCGGCGCCAUCAGCGUGGCCUGCGCAGCGCUCUACGGCAUCUCUUGGCAAUUCGACCCCUGUUGCAAGUACCAAGUGGAAUAUGACACGUGCAAACUCUCCCGGCUACCCCUGAAUACUCUUACCUCAUCCACGCCCGUGGUUCUGGUUAGGAAAGAUGAUAUUUACAGGAAAAGACUCCAUAACACAAUAGCAUUGGCCGCCUUGAUGUACUGUGUUAAGAAAAUCUGUGAGAUUUGUGCAGUAUGAUUGGGACAAGUUGCAUACUGUUACCUAUGACGUUGUUGUCAGUGGAGACCACAGGAGCAAGGUCUCCAGUAGAGUUUCACAAGUAUCUCCCCACGUGUACUGAAACCUCCAGUCCACGUGAUAGUUCUUGCCCACCCCAUCGAUUUUGAUCCUCUGUAACAAAAAAAAACCCAGUAUAUACUUGACAUUUGUAUAAGAAAUCCAAUUUAUGCAGAACUACUGAUGUAUUUCAGGUGAUGAGCAGGUUGCUGAUCUUCUCGAUUACUUUCAUACUCCACACAUUUCCAAAACAAAAGUAGACAUUAUCUAGCUAGCAUGAAGUAUUUGGAGUUGUUUUGCGUCACAGAAUUCCCAGACGGAUCCUAAUUUGCCAGUUCCGAGUCGAAUGUUCAUAUUUAAAUCCUUUUAGUUGUGGCUUUUUACCACUUGUGUUUCAGGAACUUUACUGGGAUUGUAGAGUAUGAUCUUCACUUAUCAUCCCUUGGCUGUAGCACUAGGUGGUUAAUCUGACCUGGCUACAGUUUAAUUUGGUGAAGGAAAGGCAAGCAGGUUUGCACGUAAUUGUCACCGGAAACUGCAAUCGAAGGGGCAUUGUGACAACUUGCAAAUCCGCAGUGACUGGGCUGCUGUGAAUUUACCUGUCGUUUGCCUUUCUAAAUAAACGAGUCAUUGCCAUACAAUCAGCUGUGUGUGUGUGUAGCGAAAAUAGGUCGUCAGGAAACCCCGAAACAUUUGUAAAUGGGAUCUUCAUUUUGCCAUGUUCAUUCUGUAUUUUUUUUUUUUUGGGAGAUGAUGAUCCUUGCUUUCUUUCCAAAUAAAAUUCCGUGUAGCAGCCGCUGUUCCCAGUCUCCGGUAGAGAUGGCAUUAGAGUCUGAUAUAACAAUCCAUAUUUGGCAUGACGUGUUGUUUCAGUUCCAAAUUGUAACCAAGGAAGGUUUUGAAGUUGAAAGUUUGUGUGUAGUGCACAUCACCUUUACUAGUUCUCCUGCAUACAAGUUGUGUUGUAAUGGACAGACUUCUUUUUGUUAAAUAUGGCAAUAAAAGGGAACAUUUUGGAUACAA